UCAACUCUCAAGCCUCUUUUUCUUCUUAGUUCUUGCUGUUACUCACUCUGAACCUGUCCACUCCUUUUUUAGUUUUCUUAUCUUCUCUUCUCUUCUCUCUAGCUAUACUUUUCAUUCAUUCUUUUCUUCUCUAAGGAAGAAAAAUGUGGCCUCUGUAUCUUGUAGCAUUGAUCAUUAUUUUGCCAACAUUUUUGGCUUAUAGAUGGAAGAGUCCCACAUGCAAUGGAAGGCUUCCACCAGGUUCAAUGGGGUUGCCACUUGUUGGUGAGACCCUUCAGUUCUUCUCUCCUAACACUUCUGAUGACAUUUCUCCCUUUAUCAAGCACAGGAUCAAAAGGUAUGGAUCAAUAUUCAAGACUAACUUGGUGGGAAGACCAGUGGUGGUAUCAACAGACCCUGAUCUGAAUUACUUCAUAUUCCAGCAAGAGGGACAAGUGUUCCAGAGUUGGUACCCUGAUACAUUCACAGAGAUCUUUGGGAGACAGAAUGUAGGAUCAUUACAUGGAUUCAUGUACAAGUACCUCAAGAACAUGGUGCUGAGUCUUUUUGGUCCUGAAAGCCUUAAGAAGAUGCUCUCUGAGGUUGAACAUGCAGCAUGCACUUCCUUACAAAACUGGUCAUGUCAGGACACUGUUGAACUCAAAGAAGCAACAGCCACUAUGAUAUUUGAUUUAACUGCCAAAAAACUCAUCAGUUAUGACUCCAAGAAUUCAUCAGAGAAUCUAAGGGAGAACUUUGUUGCAUUUAUACAAGGACUUAUCUCCUUCCCUCUUGACCUCCCAGGAACAGCAUAUCAUAAAUGUCUUCAGGGUAGGAAAAGGGCAAUGAAGAUGCUGAAGAAGAUGCUUGAGGAAAGAAGAGCAAAGCCAAGGAAAGAGCAGAGUGAUUUCUUUGACUAUGUAGUUGAAGAACUCAAGAAAGAGGGAACAAUCCUCACAGAAGCCAUAGCCUUGGACCUCAUGUUUGUCCUCCUCUUUGCAAGCUUUGAAACCACUUCUCUCGCAAUCACUUACGCCAUCAAAGUCCUUUCUCACAAUCCCUUGGUCCUCAAGCAACUACAAGAAGAACAUGAAUCCAUACUCAAAAGGCGCGAAGAUCCUAACUCCGGAGUCGCAUGGAAAGAAUACAAAUCAAUGACAUAUACAUUUCAGUUCAUUAAUGAAACUGUGAGACUUGCAAAUAUAGUUCCAGGAAUCUUCAGAAAGGCACUAAGGGAAAUUAAUUUCAAAGGAUAUACCAUACCAGCAGGUUGGGCAGUAAUGGUGUGUCCCCCAGCUGUUCACUUAAAUCCAGCCAAAUAUCAAGAUCCUCUCUCCUUCAACCCUUCCAGAUGGGAGGGAAUAGAAUUGAAUGGUGCAACCAGACAAUUCAUGGCUUUCGGCGGCGGCAUGAGAUUUUGUGUUGGAACAGACUUCACUAAGGUUCAGAUGGCUGUCUUUAUUCAUUGCUUGGUGACCAAGUACAGGUGGAACCCUAUCAAAGGAGGGAAUAUUACUAGAACGCCUGGAUUACAAUUUCCAGAUGGAUUUCAUGUUCAGAUGAUUAAAAGAGAUCAAAGUAAUCAAGAAUGAGAAUGUACCAUCACAAAUUAGAAAUCAAAUCUCUCACACAUUAUAUAUAGUAGGAAAUUACAUUGAACACCUUCUCAAUCUUUGGUAUUUUCAAAGCACACAAGGCAAGAAGACAUGUUUUGGAAGCCAAAGAACUAUGUGGGGUUCAUAGUUUUGUUUUGUUAGGUCACUUAGACAUUGUAACUUUACUUAGAUUUUCCUCUGCAUAUGCUAUAAAAGGAACAAAAAUCAUGUUGUAUUAUUCCUCAUGACAUGAGUUACCUUAAUUAUAGAGAGUGAGGGAAAUGGAUAAGUUUUACUUUGUGACAAGUGAUGUAAAUGUAGACUAUAAAAUAUAA